GACUUGGUGUGGUGAAGACACUUUCACAGAACACUAAGGUAGUCCAAAACAAACAAACAUCCUUUGGAAAAAAAGAAAAAGAAAAGAAAAGAAAAGAAGAUGAAUUCUGGUCGCUUAGCCUUCACUCUCUCGGUCAUUCUCUUCUUCACGAUCAUUCCCAAUAUUCAGAAGAGCCACGCAGCAAAUGAAGUACAUGACCGGAUCUUCAAACCCACAUCAUCGCCAUUUUCAACUGCGCUCGAAACCCUUCAGAAGCAAAUUGGCUACGAUUUCCAGAACAUUGGUCUUCUUCGUCGUGCCAUGACGCAUGGCUCUUUCUCUGAAGAGAACAACCGAGCAUUGAGCAUUCUGGGUGGCAAUGUGAUUGAAACAUCGGCCUCCCUCCGGUUACUUGAAAAAGACAUUGAUAUUUCUUCAAAAGAUCUGAACCGUCGCUUGUCAGAGAUCUCCAAAGUGGAAUCUUCAUGCACUAGUGAUGGGAUGCGGUUGGGGUUGCAGAAGGUGGUCAGGGUAUCUCCCAAGACUAAUUCUUCUGCUCCUGGAGUGGUUUGCAGUGCUUUCCGAGCGAUGUUUGGUGCUAUUGCUCUUGAUAUUGGGAAGUCAGACGAUGCUGGAGACAUUUUCUGGAAUGUUCAUGGUGGUGAUGUUGGAGUUGGAGAUGCUCUGGCAUGGUAAGUUGGCCUUUCUAUUAGCGUGGUAUUAGAAGUUAUAUGCUAAACUACUAUUAGUUUUUAUGAUUGUAGUCAUGGUGGAAGAACCUUUGGUAUGUUGCUUGUAUCUUAGUUAAGCUAACUCUAGAUAUGCUUAUGAGAAAAGCUUCCUUGGGCCCUGGGUCUGUAAGGUGUGCUUCAUAUUUGAGUAUGUGGUAGAAUGUAAAUUAAUAAGUAGGAGUGCAUUUUUAUUCUGGUUUCA